UUUUCACGCCCCCCACUUGAGUUGAGCUCUUCCGCUUAACGGCGUGCUUCGCGACGAACCGCCAUAGAUAAGGUUCUCUCUCUUUUUUUCCUUUUCCCCCUCAGGUUGAAUAAAAUGAUGUGGUGGCGAUUAAGUUAGCCAUUGGGAGAGACGAGUUUGUUUGCUUUGCAUGAGUCUUAGAGAAGACGAAGAGUACGAAUUAAUUACAACUCCAUUAAAAGAGUUCAAUUGCUUGAAGAAGAAAGCUUAGGAGAAGAGGAGAGAAUCAAAUCCCGGAAUGGUUGCUUCCAUGGCUCUGGUCCGGCACCACUCUCCGUCAUUCGAUUUUCUGUUUCAUUUCCCGGUCGACAGGAGCCGUUUUUUAUCGCCGGUGGCGUUUUCUACAGUUCGUCAUCGCUUCCCUUGUUGUAGAUGGUUAAGUCUCACCUCAUCACCUUCAUAUUCUCGCAGGUUGAACAGCUUUAAUUCAAGGUGUUCGAUUAUAAACACUGAUGUAUGUCAUGAUUUUGUCACUACUACUGAUGAUGACAUCAACGAGGAUUUGCCUACUACUACUCCAAUUGAGGAUCAUUCUAUUCCAAUUGUUCAUCUCGAUACCAAUCUCGCGGUUACUGAUUCUCUCAGCUUACUAACCGAGUGUACUUACGUAGAUACCGUUUUGACAGCAUUGCCCGUCUUGUCUGAGGAGGAGCAGACUGCCAUUGCAGCCACUCCAGCUCACCCUGAAGGAUUAUAUGUCUUAUAUGCGAGUUGUUUGGUCGGAAAUUUGGUUGAGCAACUUUGGAAUUUUGCGUGGCCGUCUGCCAUUGCAAUGCUACAUCCGAGCUUACUACCUGUGGCAGUCAUGGGCUUUGUCACUAAACUGGUGAUCAUUGCUGGGGGUCCAGUUGUUGGAAAGUUUAUGGAUUAUAGUCCAAGAGUCCCUACAUAUAUCUCGUUGAAUGUCGUUCAGGCAGCUGCGCAAGUGCUAUCUGCCGGAAUGAUAAUUCAUGCAUACACUGUUCCUUCCACAUCGGCAUCGUCUAUUCUUCUGCAGCCUUGGUUCUUUGCAUUGGUAUUCGCAGGGGCCAUUGACAGCCUAUGUGGAAUAGCAUCUGGAGUCGCCAUAGAACGUGAUUGGGUUGUAUUGUUGGCGGGAAUAAACAGACCAAUUGCUCUUGCACAAGCAAAUGCUGUUCUACACAGGAUUGAUCUGCUUUGUGAGAUUGCUGGGACGAUGUUAUUUGGCAUCCUCCUAUCCAAAUAUGACCCUGUGACCUGCUUAAAGUUUGCUGCCACACUAAUGAUAGGUUCUUUACCAACCAUGACAGCUCUUAUAUGGCUGACCAACAAGUUCUCCUCUGGUGUUCUGGAUCGUCCUAAAUGCUCCCAGAGCAGCUGUGCUGCUGAAGGACCUCGUUCUGAUACCGACAAUAUUUUUGAUAUUGGCAUGGAAACUAUCAAGCUCGGAUGGAAAGAGUAUAUUCAACAACCAGUUCUUCCCGCUAGCCUCGCAUAUGUCCUUCUCUACUUCAACAUUGUCCUCACCCCAGGCAGCUUGAUGACUGCAUUUCUAACACAACGAUGUGUGAAUCCAUCAGUUAUUGGGGGUUUCAGUGGAUUAUGCGCUGUUAUGGGCGUGGCCGCAACCUUCUUAUCAGCAAACUUGGUCAAACGAUUUGGCAUUCUAAAGGCAGGUGCAGUAGGAUUAUUUUUCCAAGCUUCACUCCUUGCUGUUGCUGUUACUGUUUAUUGUAGCUCUUCUCUAUCCCAAACAAGCCCACUCUUCUUCUUCCUUUCCAUGAUUGUAUUAUCGAGGCUAGGUCACAUGUCUUACGGUCUUGUGGGAGCUCAGAUUCUCCAAACCGGAAUUCCAUCGUCCAAGGCCAAUCUCAUCGGUGCAACAGAGAUCUCAGUGGCGAGUCUAGCUGAAUCGCUGAUGCUCGGAGUAGCCAUAGUGGCAAAUGACGCUUCCCAUUUCGGUUUUCUUGCGGUUCUGUCUCUUUUAUCAGUUGUUGCGGCCUCUUUGAUAUUCUGCAGACUGCUGAGAAAUCCCACUGAUGAACAAAGACGACUCUUCUCCUUCGACCCUCUCUCACAUUGAUUUGGAGUUUUUACAUUGAAAUGUUUUGUAUAGUAGUUUCACUUUCACUGUAUAAAUUAUUUAUUUAAAGUAUAAAGAAAAAAAAAACCAUGAUUUCUGACUUUA